AUGUCGUCCCACAUGUUACCUCCAUUCACUGGUGAUGCGACCUUAUGGUUCACUCAACUAGAAGCUCACUUUGAUGCAUAUGGAAUUUCUCCUUCGAAACAACUGCAAUUGCUCUAUUGUAGUUUGCCAACACAGCUUGCAACAUCUGCCAGAGAUCUAGUUACAUCCCCGAACCCAGACGCCACUUAUGCGUCUGUAAAGGCAGAAAUUUUGCGACGCAACAUUAAGUCUGCCGAAAGCAGAUUUAAUGAGCUGAUGGCUGAUGAAGAAUUAGGGGACAGGACACAUUCAGAGUUUUUACGCCACCUUAGGGAGUUGAGCGGUGAGUCGACUGACGCCCCACUCCUUCGUAAGAUUUUUUUCUCUCGUUUACCGUCUCACGUGCGUACAAUUUUGGCGACAGCACUUCACACCAACACGGUUGAUCAAGUCGCCACCAUGGCGGACAAGAUUCUUGAAUUUUCCACCCAGCCUGCACACGGCGCCUGUCUCUCUUCUGAGGCUUCAUCAAUUGCCUCACAUAAAUCCUCUCCCUCCUAUGAUGUUUUUGCUGACAAACUGGAAGAACUUACGCGUCGGGUGAAUGAUUUGUGCCGUUCUAAGCAGUCUUUUUCACACUCGCGUAGCAGAUCUCAUAGUCAUUCAACUUCUAGGACACAAUCUGGUAUGUGCUGGUAUCGUACGAAAUUCGCUGGAAAGUACGCAAGUACAUCCAGCCAUGCUCCUUUAAAGUUUCGGAAAACUUCCAAAGAAGAAAUUGAGCACAUCUGUUUCUACCUCAGCACCUACCUUUCAUCAUGCAAUUUUUGUCCAGGACCAAGUGUCAAAGAAGUCCUUCAUGAUUGA